CGGACCCAGGAUCCCCACUCGGACUGGGACUGUGAGCCUCUGGUACCGCCCCAUCCACAUCCCAGCCCGCCCGCUCAGCGCCAUGGGCGGGCCCCGGGCCCUGCUGGCGGCGAUCUGGGCUCUGGGGGCCUCCGGGGCUGCGGCCCUACGCAUAGGAGCCUUCAACAUCCAGAGCUUCGGCGACAGCAAAGUGUCGGAACCAGCUUGCGGCAGCAUCAUCUCACAGAUCCUGGCCGGCUACGAUGUCGCGCUGGUGCAGGAGGUGCGCGACCCGGACCUGAGCGCCGUCUCCGCGCUCAUGGAGCAGAUCAACAGCGUGUCCAAGCACGAAUACAGCUUUGUGAGCAGCGAGCCCCUGGGUCGGGACCAGUACAAAGAAAUGUACUUGUUCAUCUACAGGAAGGACGUGGUGUCGGUCGUGGACACGUACCAGUACCCGGACCCCGAGGACGCCUUCAGUCGGGAACCUUUCGUGGUCAGGUUCUCCUCCCCUGGCUCCGCCGCCAAGGAGCUGGUGCUGAUCCCGCUGCACGCGGCGCCGCACCACGCCGUGGCGGAGAUCGACGCACUCUACGAUGUGUACCUGGACGUGAUCGACAAGUGGGGCACCGACGACAUGCUGUUCCUGGGCGACUUCAACGCCGACUGCAGCUACGUGCGGGAGCAGGACUGGGCCGCCAUCCGCCUGCGCAGCAGCGAGGUCUUCAAGUGGCUCAUCCCGGACAGUGCUGACACCACGGUGGGCAACUCGGACUGUGCCUACGACCGCAUCGUGGUGUGUGGCGCCCGUCUACGCAGGAGCCUGAAACCCCAGUCGGCCGCUGUGCACGACUUCCAGCAGGAGUUCGGCCUGGACCAGACCCAGGCUCUUGCCAUCAGCGACCACUUUCCCGUGGAGGUGACCCUCAAGUCCCACUGACAGCCCUGAGGCCUGGCCAGGACAUGAUACCUGCAGACUGGUCCUGAGGAAUGGCCCUACAGUGGCUCCUUCAGGGUGGCAGGCCAUCCCUCAGUGAGGCUGCAGGGCUAGGUCAGCUGGGCAUGGACAAGUAGCCAUGGACACAUUACUGGAUCACUUGGAACCUCAGUUUCCUUCCCCGUAAGAUGGGCUGACACCACCUAUCUCAUAGGGGUGUUGUGAGGAGUUCCCUCGAGGGGCAGUCAGCACAGGGCCCGGCACUGCCGUACUCAAAUAAACGGGCUGCUGGCAGCCAGGCCCACACACACAUCA